AUGGCACCGACACCCUACUACGCGAGAGACACCCCAGCCUUCACCGGGUUCCAACCUGAACCUGCUGGACGAGGGACAAAGGGGAUCAUCUGGACCUGUCUCAGCACCAUCCUGCUUUCAUCCUGGAGCUCAUAUCACGGCAAAGCCUAUGAUCCAAACAGACCUUUCACGGCCGGAACUCAAACAUCGUUCAUCGACAGAUUAUUCGAUGCAUUCAUCUUCCCUGAGGUGGCAGCAUGUUUUAGUUUGGAUAAUCUCCAUAAUGCCCUGCAACUUCGGAAAACGAUACGACGAGUGGGAGGGGCAGAAUUAGCCAACUUCAGCUUGACACAAGCCUUUAUUUUUGUCAUGGAAAGCGUAUAUCAGAGGCCGCACAGCUCAGAAGAGAUGGAGUGCAUAAGACCAAAGACGCUUGUCGAGCUUGUGAGCAGCGGCAAAUUGUCUUUCUCGGAUUUGCCAACAGACGAAGAAAUAGCCGAUAAGUCAAAGCGUGACUGGACAUACAAAUCACUCUCCAUCAUUCAGACAUUAUGGUUCAUCACCAGCAUCAUUGCCCGCUUGGCCCGAGGGUACCCUGUGUCUCUAUAUGAGGAUAUCACUGUGGCAAAUGCCUUUUGUGGCGUCAUUGAAUUCCUGUGUUGGUUCCACUGCCCUCAGGACAUCCGUUUGCCUUUUGUUGUUAAGCCGGAUAUUUCGAGGUCAGCAAACGGUCCAUCAAUGGCAGUUGAAAGAGAGAAAGCCGAGGGAGAAGCAACAAUUGAAGCAUCAUUACUUGUUUCCGAGCCCGCGACAACAGAACAUGGAGCCUCGUCUGCACCUCAGUUGCCUGUACCCGAGAACCUUAGCAUGGAUAGGCCGAGCAGAGCAUUGUCAAGCAGCGAACACCCCCUUGUUACCCAAAAGACGAAAGAGCGUCGGGCUUCAUUUGUAACACAACCCGCCGAAUUCCGAGGGACAUCAGACAAGGUGAUAGCGGUCGUCUUAGCAGUCUUCUCGGUCUUGUUUUCUGGCAUUCACAUAGCUGCGUGGAACUACGGUUUCCCAUCCGUUGCAGAGGCAUGGAUUUGGCGAGGCAGUUCAGUUGCGCUCAUAGUAUUGAGUUUAUGCCUGUUCCUCUGCUUGUCAUUAGAAAAGCUAGAAACAGUUGGUUCGCCAAAAAUGGCAUAG